UCUGGGGAUGUGCGGAGAGGGUUACUGACAUUUUCAGGAUACAGAGUUUCAGACUGCAGAUCGCAGUUGAGACUGGUGGCUGUGAUGAGGACUGCGCUGCUCUGACUUCCUCAUCACCAUCUCUGGUCAAAGAUUCUCCAUAAACGUAAGUUUCGGGGGUUUUUUUUUGGGACAAAUCGUUGCUAGAUGUGUGAGCGUGAUAAGAUGUUAUUGCUGGUGGUUUAAUAGUUCAAAAACGUCUUGAAGCUUUUCCAGUGAAUAACAGUGAUGGUAUUCUGUUUCUCUGCAGGAUAAAAAUCUACCUCGCAGAGCCAACUUCAACGAAGUGAGUUUGCCGAAGACUGGACAGGACAUAUAUAACCAACACUGGGCAUCUGUCGUUGUUCUGGGUUUGUGAUGUGAACGCUGGCUGCGCCACAGAGGCGCCUUUACGCACGAUGGAGGAGCUUUUACGCGAGGAGGCUGGCUGGGCGCAGAAUGUCACAUGGAUCGUCUCGAGCCGUGAGAAUGACAGCCAUCAAGGAAACAACACAGUGAACCCGUUGAGACGAAAUGAAGAAGUCGCCAAAGUGGAAGUGACCGUCCUGUUCCUGGUUCUUCUGCUCGCGCUGACCGGCAACCUGUGCGUCCUCUGGGCAAUCCACACCGCCAAGCACAGCCAGUCUCGGAUGUAUUACUUCAUGAAGCACUUGAGCAUCGCCGACCUUGUCGUUGCAGUCUUUCAGGUCUUGCCACAGCUCAUUUGGGAUAUCACAUUUCGCUUCUACGGGCCGGACUUGCUGUGCAGAGUGGUUAAAUAUCUCCAGGUCGUGGGUAUGUUUGCGUCCACGUACAUGCUGGUGCUGAUGUCCGUCGACAGGUGCAUCGCUAUCUGCCAACCACUCCGCACCGUGCACAAGAGGAAGGAUCGCCUCUGCGUGAUCGCCUCUUGGACUCUCAGCCUGGUAUUCAGCGCUCCUCAGGCGUAUAUAUUCUCUCUGAAGGAUGUCGGCAACGGCGUGCACGACUGCUGGGGCGACUUUGUGCAGCCCUGGGGUGCCAAAGCAUACAUCACCUGGAUGAGUCUCAGCAUCUACAUCUUCCCAGUGGCCAUUUUAAGCAUAUGCUACGGUUUGAUAUGUUUUAAAAUAUGGCAAAACUUCAAUUUGAAAACUAACCGGGAGUCCUUCCUGGCUCUCACCCCCAAGGCCUCCAAGGGCGCGCAUCCUCUCUCUCGUGUGAGCAGCGUGAGGCUCAUUUCCAAAGCAAAGAUCCGCACAGUGAAGAUGACAUUUGUCGUGGUCCUUGCCUACAUUGUUUGCUGGACUCCCUUCUUCUUUGUCCAGAUGUGGUCUGCGUGGGAUCCUGCUGCACCAAGAGAAGACGUAGCCUUCAUCAUCGCCAUGUUGUUGGCCAGUCUCAACAGCUGCUGCAACCCCUGGAUCUACAUGUUCUUCGCCGGUCACCUGUUCCAUGACUGGAUGCAGUGCCUCCUCUGCUGCUGCAGGCAGCACCUGACAGACUCUUCCUCUAGCUGUGAUAAACACUGCAGGCACAAGAGAAACUCCACCUGUGUCAUCAAGAACACCAGCAGCCAGCGGAGCCUCACGCACACGUCCAGCACGGGGGGGCCGGCACUGUGAAAAGCCAGCUGAACGCCAUCCAAGCGUCCAAGUAAUUAGACAAAAGCGCAAUACCCACUUUGAGUCACUUGAGUAUUUGCAAGUGUUGCUGUGGUGGCCGUCGAUUUCACACGUUUACAUUUAUUUUAAACCGAUGUAAAUAGACAAUAUAAAUGUCCUUUCCAGGUGUGAUCACAGAGGGCAGAACAACAUCAACAUCACUGUGGCAAAAUGUUAUGUAGCUACAUGUGCCAUCAGCUUAACCCUUAGAACACAGAGUAUUGCGGCUGCUUUUUUCCAUUACUAUGUUAAAAAUGUACAGUAUAUACAGAGGCUGUAAGAAUGUGCAAUAUAGAAUGUGUCUUAUAUCCUUUUUUUCCAGCACAACCUAGGCAAUCUGAUGAAAAAAAAUUCAUUUUCACCAGCUAUGUGAACACACGUGAACAAAAAGUACUCGUACUAAAUCGGAUUGCAAUUUAGAAAGACUUGGCUCGUUUUUAUGAACAAAAAGAAAAGAAAAAUGCUCUAUUUUGUGACUUCUGCACAAUUAUUGCUACUUUAUAUCACUACUAAAAAUGCGAUAUAACAUGAAUCAUAACUUACACAUAAACUAAUUUUUUUAAAGCCUGAAUAUGUGACCUAUAAACACACACACACCCAGGAUGUCCAUAUAAGGAGUUGUGGAUUACUCCCACAGCAAAUUAAGGGUUAAUAUUUCUCUUAUAUUGUAAGCUUUUAGCAUUUCAAGAUGUCUCCUCUGCUUCUCUGUAUAAGAAGACGUUUGUUUCGUUUCAUAUUAAAUCACCGUGACAAUAAAUCAGCAUUAGCAGUAUUUUCCAUGCAUUUAUCUGCCUUGAGAACUUUGAGAAAAAGUUCUCAACAGUGUGAAAUUGGAAUAUAAGAGUUACAUUGAGCAGGCAUGGUUUCAAUAUUUUAAGCGAACUUUGCAGGUCAGGAGUUUUCUGUAUUUUCCAUUUGUUGUGUGAUUGUACACAAAGAUAUUUGUAUCAGCUCCACCUCUCGACUCUGUGUUACUGAGUGUUCAUUGAGUUUUUAGGCACAUUUUACAAAUUUGGUGUCAAACGAUAAUAAGAAUAGUUUCCUCUUGUCGCCGUAGAAAUGACUCCAACAAAUCUGCCCAGUGUCUUUAGCUUUAGAGGGAAUCGUUUUCAACACAUGUAGAAUUUAUGAUAUUCACUGACAAGAUGAUAUAAUGGGCAUUCUUCGCUUAUAAAGUGUGUUGUUAUUUUUAAUUCUUUGAUUUUGUGUAACCUGGCCAGUUUUCAAAGAAAACGUUGCUGUAGAGGAUGCAGCUUUAAUGUAAAAAAAAGAAAAAAGAAGUCCCAUCAAACUAUUAAAUUCUGAGUAGAAUAAAACCAUUCAAAUUUAAUUUAUGUUAUGUUGUUUUUUUAUGUUUUGUAAGUUCUGCUAACAUUGACAUUGAAUUAUCAAACGGGUAAAAAUUCAUUGUUAUGACUAAGUUUGCAUGUUCAUCGAAAUAAAGCCUUUUAU